AUGACUGGCCUUGGCAAAUUCGCCCUUUCCGUUCAAAAAGUCCGGGCUGCGAUCCAUAACAGAAGAAAGUCAAGUGCUGCCAAGGAGCAGCGUGGAUCAUCUCUAAAAAAAGAACAUGCAGGUCUUCCACCUUUACCAGAUUCAUCUCCAUGGGACCUCCCCGUUGAGAUUCAAAUCCGCAUAUUUGCAUACUCCGGCAUCACCGACUUCCAUCCGCUGAGACUUGUCUGCAAGGCUUUCUACCAACUGCUCACGCGGAAUGAACAUGAAAUUGUUCGGCAGUAUCUUCGCCUACGUCGCCACGGUACCCUUCCAUCCCCGAUCGAUGAUGACCGCAUCUAUACUCGAAACCCAGGCGACGAUGUGGUGCUAUUAUCAGACCUAUUCCCGCCGUCAAAAAGCGCCAGAGGCGGCCAUCUCUAUACCUUCAAGUACCUGCAUGGGCUGAGACGAAGGCAAAUGCUGUCCUCGAGACUCUGCUACUACUUGGCAGAUCGGAUCCUCGAUCGAUUCGUCCAGACCGAACCGGCCGUCAUGAGGGCCUCCUUUCCCGCAAAGCGAAACGAGCGCAAUGCCCUUGUCAAACGUGGCAUAGCUAGCAUAUGGUUUCACCUUGCACCACUCAUGUAUUAUACACUCUAUUUCCUCGAAUCAUACACAUCCGCCCGACGCGAGCAUACACACACACUCGUACAGAAAUACGAGACAGGCCAGCUGCCUGUACCCCUCCCACUUGAGAUACGUCAGCGGAUGUACCGCGAGCUGCAAACCCGGAUCCUCCAAAGCCCUCCUUUCACCAACACGGCGGCGUUGGUUGCGACUCAUCAUUGCAUGCAUUUGCUGGUUUCAUAUAUACGCUUUGCCAUGUCUCCAGAUGGUCAAGCUGAGAUUGAUGACUCGUGGAUUAGCUCGUUGCUCACCCUCGCGCCGUUUGUGCGGAUCGUCGAAUUUUUCUCCGCUGAGAUCGGGGACGGUGGGAACCAGCGAACACAACGAAAGGAAUUUAUGUACAACUUUUAUAAUGACACGGCUAGGUAUGAAAAGGAUCAUAUGAACUCAAUUGUUUUUGCGCGCGCGUCUGCCCAGAACUUGCAUAGUUCGGUGCAAGAUAUCUGGUUUGCUGCUGCUGAGGCUGAGCUAAGAGCCCGGCGAGCCAUACCCCACGACGUAGAGCACGUCUGGAUCUGGAAUGGUAUUCCAAUUGUUUUUGGGUGUCCGGAUUGUCAUCCCACAAGAGGAUGGCAGGCAUGA